UUCUUGCCCAUAGGAUGCCCAAAGGCAAGGAUUUGGUGGGGAUGAACAGCGUGGAGAGCGACCGGAAGGGAAAGGAUGGGAAGGAAAAGAAAAGAAAGAAAGAAGCGGCUUUGAAGGCAGAGAAAAAGCUGAAAACAGAGGCCAAGUCUUCAAAGGCGAUAGAAACCCCAAUGGGACAAGGUGGUGAGGAGGGGGCCAUGUUCCAGAUUGGGUACAUGCGCUAUGUGCGAGUGUCCUGCUUCAAGGGGAAGGGCCUGGUGGACAUCAGGGAGUUCUACGCUGGCAAGGAUGGUGACGUGAAGCCAGGGAGGAAAGGGAUUGCCCUGUCUGCAGAGCAGUGGAACCAGCUGAAGGAGAUCAUUCCUGAGGUCGAUGCUGCAGUAAAGAAGUUCUAACACAAAGAAUCUUGGACACCUUCAAUCUCUUUCCUUUCCCUUAAGUGCACUGACGAGUAUAAAGGCAAAGAUUCCCACCUGAAGCCUUCCCCUCACCUCGCUGGGGUUUCCUCCCUGAGGUGGUCAUGCUGAAAAGACUCUUCUAUUUCCAAGGAGUAGCUUGUAAUGAGCACUGGGAACCAGCACCAGUGCUUGAAGUGAGACUUGGGCACAUCUGGUCCCAAGCAGACCUGAGAUCUGUGCUGGUGAGGGACAAGAGGCGUGGAUGGCUUCAGCCUUGUGGGAUGCUUUACCUGGUGCUGUCUUCCACUGGAUUCAGUGUUGAGAAAGAUGGGUUGUACACCUC